AUGAAUAUUUAUCCGCCGCUGCUUCAUGCUCCCGGCUUCCCUCACUUUUCCACAGGUCAGUCCAUGGUAUUCCGCUCCCCCCUAGACCUCUAUUCCUCCCACUUCUUGUUGCCAAACUUCGCCGAUUCUCACCACCGUUCCCUACUUCUGGCGAGUAGCGGCGGCGGGAACGGUGCGGGAGGCGGCGGUGCUGGCGGAGCAGGCGGCGGCGGCGGCGGCGGCGGCUCCAGGGCCCCCCCGGAAGAGUUGUCCAUGUUCCAGCUGCCCACCCUCAACUUCUCGCCGGAGCAGGUGGCCAGCGUCUGCGAGACGCUGGAGGAGACGGGCGACAUCGAGCGGCUGGGCCGCUUCCUCUGGUCGCUGCCCGUGGCCCCUGGGGCGUGCGAGGCCAUCAACAAACACGAGUCGAUCCUGCGCGCGCGCGCCGUGGUCGCCUUCCACACGGGCAAUUUCCGCGACCUCUACCACAUCCUGGAGAACCACAAGUUCACCAAGGAGUCCCACGGCAAGCUGCAGGCCAUGUGGCUCGAGGCGCACUACCAGGAGGCCGAGAAGCUGCGCGGCCGCCCACUGGGCCCGGUGGACAAGUACCGCGUGCGCAAGAAGUUCCCGCUGCCGCGCACCAUCUGGGACGGCGAGCAGAAGACGCAUUGCUUCAAGGAGCGGACUCGGAGCCUGCUGCGGGAGUGGUACCUGCAGGACCCCUACCCCAACCCCAGCAAGAAACGCGAACUGGCGCAGGCCACCGGCCUCACUCCCACACAAGUAGGCAACUGGUUUAAGAACCGGCGGCAGCGCGACCGCGCCGCGGCGGCCAAGAACAGGCUCCAGCACCAGGCCAUCGGAGAGCGGCAUGCGCUCGCUGGCCGAGCCCGGCUGCCCCACGCACGGCUCGGCAGAGUCGCCAUCCACGGCGGCCAGCCCGACCACCAGUGUGUCCAGCCUGACGGAGCGCGCGGACACCGGCACCUCCAUCCUCUCGGUAACCUCCAGCGACUCGGAAUGUGA